AUGAGAGCACAUUACGUCCUGUUGGCCUCCUUGUCCCUGCUGAUUGUCGCCACCGGAGCCGCCAAUAUUAGAUCAACGGCUGGCAAGGACCUCUAUCGUCGCGUUGUCUGCACCAAUAAGCCGAAUGGCUUCCGUGCCCUGCAGCCCGGCAGCUGCUCGGUGUACUACGAGUGCGUUGGUGGUGUCGCUGUGCAGAAAGCCUGUGCCCGUUUCUUUGACUCCAAGAGCCAGCAAUGUGUCAACUACAAUACGGGCUGUACCGAGGUGUUGCAGUUGACGGACACGAAAGCUAUUGGCGGCAGUGCGGUGACAGCAGCACCUUGCGACACCACCACACCGCCGUGUGAAGAAACAACAACCACAAGUUGUACUCCGCCAACUACCACGACGUGCAGCACCACCACAGCUUCAACAACCACUUGCACGACACCAACAACAACCACAAGCACCACGACUACUACUAAAACAACUACAACAACAACCACAACAACAACCACCACUACAAAGACAACUACUACUACAACAACUACUUGCACCACACCAACAACAACCACUUGCACCACAACAACAAGCACUACAACAACAACAACUACUACUACAACAACCACCACAACUACAACCACCACAACUACAACCACCACAACUACAACAACCACCACAACAACAACAACUACUACUACAACAACCACCUGCACCACACCCACAACAACUACUUGCACUACAACAACAACCACCACAACAACAACCACUACUACAACAACCACGACUACUACUAAAACAACAACAACAACCACUACUACAACAACAACAACCACUUGCACCACACCCACAACAACCACUAGCACCACAACUACUACCAAAACAACUACAACAACAACCACAACUACUACUACAACAACCACUUGUACCACACCAACAACAACCACCACUACAACAACAACCACCACAUCAACAACAACAACCACUACUACAAAAACCACUACAACAACAACAACCACUUGCACCACACCCACAACAACCACUAGCACCACAACUACAACAACCACCACAUCAACAACAACAACCACAACAACAACCACUACUACAAAAACCACUACAACAACAACAACCACUUGCACCACACCCACAACAACCACUAGCACCACAACUACUACCAAAACAACUACAACAACAACCACAACUACUACUACAACAACCACUUGUACCACACCAACAACCACUACUACAACAACUACUACUUCAACAACCACCACUACAACAACAACCACCACAUCAACAACAACAACCACUACUACAAAAACCACUACAACAACAACAACCACUUGCACCACACCCACAACUACCACUAGCACCACAACCACUACCAAAACAACUACAACAACAACCACAACAACAACAACCACUUGCACGACAUCAACAACAACCACUACAACAACAACGACUACUACAACAACAACAACUACCACAACAACAACCACAACAACAACAACCACAACAACAACCACUACUAAAACAACAACUACUACUACUAAGCCAACAACAACCACAACAACGACUUGCACGACACCAACAACAACCACUUGCACCACACCGAAAACAACACCAUGCACAACUCCACCAACAACCCCAAGCACCACCCCUGAAAUCACAACUUGCACAACACUGACAACUACCGCAUGUGCAAAGUGA